UGAGCAUAUUUCGGCGGAGGGCUUCUCCUCCUCUCCCUCCCCCUCUCUCUCUGGUUUCCUCCGUCACACACACACACACUCUCUCUCGGAGUGUGUGAAAGCGAGUCGAGUGAGUCGGCCUCCCAACUCACUCCGUUCGCCUCCUUCCGCAAGCCCUCCUUCCUCCAUUUCUCCCUAUUAUCAUCCAUGGAUUUAUCCACAAAGCUUGCCUUCCGCCCCCUCGUCCGCCCAAUUUCAUCCCCUCUACCUUCCCAAUUCCUCAAAGUCAGCCCUUGCCCCGCCAAGUUCUACCGCCACCUCAGUCCUAGCCCUAGAAAGCUCUGCUGCAAGGCCGACAACAGGGUCUCCGCGCUGGCCGUGGACACCGCGGUGGCAGAGACGAAGCUAACCGAGGAGGAGAUUGAGUCCCUGUUGUCGAACGGCUCGGAGGGGGAGUACGAGCAGAAGAAUGCGAAGAAGCGGGGCAACACCCGCGGAGCUUCGGGAAUCUCGUCGGGGGUUAAGCUCGAGAAUGUGAGCAAGAGCUACAAGGGUGUGACUGUGUUGAAGGAUGUGAGCUGGGAGGUGAAGAAGGGGGAGAAGGUCGGGUUGGUCGGAGUUAAUGGCGCCGGGAAGACGACCCAGUUGAGGAUUAUCACGGGCCAGGAAGAGCCCGAUUCGGGUAAUGUAAUUAAGGCGAAACCGAAUAUGAAGAUUGCAUUUUUGAGUCAGGAGUUCGAAGUUUCGUUGAGUAGGACGUUGAAGGAGGAGUUUAUGAGUGCAUUCAAAGAGGAGAUGGAGAUAGCAGAGAAGUUAGAGAAGGUCCAGAAGGCGAUAGAGCAGUCUGUUGAUGAUUUGGAGUUGAUGGGGAGGCUUUUGGAUGAGUUUGAGUUGCUGCAGAGAAGGGCACAGGCUGUAGAUUUAGAUGAAGUGGAUGCAAAGAUCAGUAAGAUGAUGCCUGAGCUUGGGUUUGCUCCCGAGGAUUCCGAUAGGCUGGUGGCCUCUUUUAGCAGUGGCUGGCAGAUGAGAAUGUCCCUUGGGAAGAUUCUUCUUCAGGAGCCUGACUUGUUACUUCUUGAUGAGCCCACAAACCACCUUGAUCUCGACACAAUUGAGUGGCUGGAAGGUUAUUUAAACAAGCAACAGAUUCCCAUGGUCAUUAUCUCUCACGAUCGGGCUUUUCUAGAUCAACUUUGUACUAAAAUCGUGGAAACUGAGAUGGGGGUUUCAAGCACUUUUGAAGGAAACUACUCUCAGUAUGUCAUAUCAAAGGCAGUAAAGGUCGAAGAACAGUAUGAUAAAUGGGAGAAACAGCAGAAAAAGACUGAAGACACAAGAGACUUGAUAAGUAGGUUGGGAGCAGGUGCAAACUCUGGCCGUGCUUCGUCUGCUGAAAAGAAAUUGGAAGGACUUCAAGAAAAGGAGCAAGUUGAGAAGCCAUUUCAGCGCAAACAGAUGAAGAUUAGAUUCCCCGAGCAUGGGAGAAGUGGACGGUCAGUUAUUACCAUCAAGAAUCUUGAUUUUGGAUAUGGUGAUCAGGUUCUGUUUAACAAAGCCAGUCUGACGGUUGAAAGGGGAGAAAAGAUCGCGGUUAUUGGUCCAAAUGGUUGCGGAAAGAGUACCUUGUUAAAAUUGAUCAUGGGUCUGGAGAAGCCAAGAGGAGGUGAAGUUAUACUCGGGGAGCAUAAUGUCUUUCCAAAUUACUUUGAACAGAAUCAGGCGGAAGCACUCGACCUGGACAAGACGGUUCUCGAGACUGUAGUGGAAGCUGCAGAGGACUGGAGACUUGACGAUAUAAAGGGACUCCUUGGUCGCUGCAACUUCAAAGCUGAUAUGCUUGACCAGAAGGUUGCCCUUCUGAGUGGUGGUGAGAAGGCAAGGCUUGCUUUCUGUAAAUUCAUGGUGAAACCGUCAACUCUACUUGUCUUGGAUGAGCCGACUAAUCACUUGGACAUACCUUCCAAGGAAAUGCUCGAGGAGGCUAUAAGGGAGUACAGUGGCACUGUCAUCACUGUUUCCCACGACCGAUACUUUAUAAAGCAGAUAGUGAAUAGAGUUAUAGAAGUGAAAGACGCCUCUUUACAGGACUAUGCUGGGGACUAUAACUAUUAUCUAGAGAAGAACUUGGAGGCCCGAGCACGAGAACUUGAACGAGAAGCAGAGCUCAAUGAGAAGGCUCCCAAACCCAAAGCCAAGUCGAAGAUGUCGAAGGCCGAGAAGGCAGCACGUAAGCAGCAGAAAGUCCAGGCCUUCCAUGCAGCUAAACAGAAGUCAAAGGGACUGAAAAAUGCCAAGAGAUGGAACUGAUGACACACGAAGUUUCUUCUUUCCAUCUGCCGUGACGGCCCCUCAACAGUUAUAGAGCUGGAAAGGCAUUGAUCGGAAGCAUAACUUCAUGUUGUACAUAGAAGAUUAGUCGAAAUAUGUUUUGGGGUAUACAUUUGACGAUGUAAUAAUACUACAUGUCCGAUAUUCGAAUGCAGAUGGGCUCAACAGGAGAUUGUACUCCCUCUUUUUUGGGAAGGUACAAGAGUUUAGCAAACCAAGCCCCUUUCUGGGGAAGAUUGCUCUUACCCCGUCAAUUUGUUAUAGUAUGUAACUUACCAAAAGUGGCUGCAACAUUAUUCGUGCCGGUCAUAUAUAUAAUAUAUAUAUUACAUCA